AAAAACAAAAACCGUCCCCAUUUGGGCCGGAUCUCCGAUUGGACCGACUUGGCGGGUGAGACGUGAAAAAGGAAUUUCGUCCCCCGCUCAGUUUAUACUACGUCUCUGUUUCUUCGUUCCCCCCCCNAAAAUCAAAGAAAAAGAAAGAUUCAAUUCUGCGCCCGUGAUUGAUCGCCAUCGCCAUGGAUUCUUAUCGCGAUGAGGAAGGAGAGCCGAUUAUGGACUAUGACGACAUUCAAUCCGACCCCGGUUCUCCGGAGCCGCGACAAGACCUUCUUGAUGACGUGGAGGAUGACAUGGAGGAUUGGGGCCGACGAGAACGGUCGCAGACGCCGGUUUACGAUACUGAUAAGGUCGGGAAGCCGAGAAAAAGACUGGUCAAGAAAGGGGGCUCUAUGGGAAAAGAGAGUAUGGAUGCCCCUGAGUUGUUAGAUGAAGAUGAAGAUGCCAAUUUUGGGAGGGAAGGAUCGGAGUCGGAUGCCAGGAAGAGGAAGAAGAAGGAGAAGAGUCUCAAGGAGAAAAAGUAUGGGGGUGGUGGUGAAAAAGGAACUGUUACGAAGUUGGGGAAGUCAGAGGAAGUGAAUGAGAUGUGGGAGUGGGUUAAUCCUGAGAAUGAUCAAGAGGGUGUUAGGACUAUGGAUGAUGAUGACUUCAUAGAUGACAGUGGUGUUGACCCUGCAGACAGAUAUGGGAGUGACAAUGAAGCAAGGUCACCUGGUGAUGCCCCUCAGGCAGAGGAAGACGGUGAGGAUCCUGAGAUUAAGGAUUUAUUCAAGAUGGGUAAAAAAAGAAAGAAGAAUGAGAAAAGCCCUGCAGAAAUUGCAUUACUGGUUGAGAAUGUUAUGGCUGAGCUUGAGGUAACUGCUGAAGAAGAUGCAGAGCUUAAUAGACAAGGGAAGCCCGCGAUUAAUAAACUCAAGAAGUUGCCACUUCUUACUGAGGUUCUCUCAAAGAAGCAGCUUCAACCAGAAUUCUUAGAUCAUGGAGUUUUAACCUUGUUGAAGAAUUGGCUCGAACCCCUUCCUGAUGGAAGCUUACCAAAUAUAAAUAUCCGUGCAGCAAUUUUGAGGAUAUUGACUGAUUUUCCAAUUGAUCUAGAGCAGCAUGAUAGAAGGGAGCAACUAAAGAGGAGUGGUCUUGGAAAGGUGAUUAUGUUUUUAUCAAAAUCUGAUGAGGAAACCACUUCCAACAGAAAACUUGCUAAGGAUUUGGUCGAUAAAUGGAGUAGACCAAUCUUUAAUAAGAGCACAAGGUUUGAGGACAUGAGAAAUAUUGAUGAUGAUAGGGUUCCCUUGCGAAGGCCUUCUGUGAAAAGACCUGCAAAUAGAGCUGCUGCAAUGGAAUCUAGAGAUGGUGAUUUUGAUUUGGAUAUUUCUCGAGACCACAAGUCUGGUCGAUCAUCAUCAGGUCAACAUGCUUCAAGGACAGAAUCUUCUUCAAGGCUGCAUGCUUCAAGGCCAGAAGCAACGCCAAUGGAUUUUGUUGUGCGUCCCCAGUCUAAGAUUGAUCCAGAUGAAAUUAGAGCACGUGCGAAACAAGUUGUACAAGAUCAGCGUCGUCAAAAGAUGAGUAAGAAGUUGCUGCAGUUGAAGGCACCAAAAAAGAAGCAGUUGCAGGCUACUAAACUUAGUGUUGAGGGUCGUGGUAUGCUCAAAUACCUGUAAUGUUACUGCACACCCGAAUUGGCAGAAAAGAACGAUGCACUGGGUGAGCCCAAUCCCAUUAAAUUUGCUGCUCAGUGAUGCUUGGCUGCAAAGACCUAUAUGAGCUUUCUGUUGUGUUGAAGAGAGCUACUUCAAGUGUCCUUGAUGCAAAUGUUUCUAUUUUACAUCCAAAUAUUGGAAAUGAUAGAUUGCGGCCAUUUAACCUUGUUCAGCUUCCUUGAUGAUUUUAUUUAUCGGCUGCUGCACGGUUCGGAGAUAAAUGUGGUCGAAUCUUAAUACUUGUUAAAUUUGAAUGUUUUAGCUUCAAUAUUGAUGCUAUUGCUACCUUUUAUGUUCAAGGAAUUUUGGGACAAACAACCAUUGUUGUGGACCUUGCAGUGGCCAGUUUAUAUGGUUCUCAGUGUGGAUUAGUCUUUGCUAAAGGGGAAAGAAUAAAAAGUUGCAUUGAGAAAUUGAAGCAA